GCGCCGCGGUCAGUCAGUCGGUGAGGCCGCCGGCGGGAGCAGCGCCGGUGGCGGGAGGGGGCCCCGCCGCCCGCCGCCAUGAAGGGCAAGGAACGCUCGCCCGCCAAAGCCAAGCGUUCGCGGGGCGGCGGCGGCGAGGACUCGGCGUCCUCCUCCUCGUCGACGCGGGGCGAGCGGAGCAGCAAGAAGCCGAGCGGCUCCGGCGGCUCCAACGGCAGCGGCGGGAAAGCGGCGGCCGCGGCGGCCUCCAACGAGAGCAACAGCGGGAGCAGCCGGCGCGUGUCGCACCCGGACAAGGCCAGCCGCGCCGGGAGCCGAGAGUACGAGAGCGGGGCGGCGGCGGCGGCGAGCGGCGGGGGCAGCCGGCACAGCUACGGCAGCGGUAAAACAGCGGAGGCGUCGCGGAGCAGCAGCAGCCGCAGCGGUGGCGGUGAGUCCCGGGCACCGGCAGCGGUUCCUUCCUCCUCUUCCUCCGAGUCGGGCGGCGGCGGCGGGGAGUACAAGACGCUGAAGAUCAGCGAGCUGGGGUCGGCGCUGAGCGACGAGGCGGUGGAGGAUGGACUCUUCCACGAGUUCAAGCGCUUCGGCGACGUGAGCGUGAAGAUCAGCCGCCUCCCGCCCGGCACCGGCGCUGCCGACGAACGCGUGGCCUUUGUCAACUUCCGCCGGCCCGAGGAUGCCCGAGCCGCCAAACACGCCCGCGGCCGCCUCGUUCUCUACGACCGCCCGCUGAAGAUCGAGGCCGUGUACGUCGGGAGCGGCGGAGGGAGCGGCCGGCGCCGCAGCAGCCGUUCCCCGGCCUUGCUGGACAAGGAGUCUCCUUACGGCGCGGCAGCCGUAGGGGUGGCCGCAGCGGCGGCAGCUGCGGUUCGGCACCCUGCGGCUGGGGCGACGCAGAGGGCUUUGUCGCCCGCCGGCAGCGGCGGGGCCCUGGGUUACCGUGACUACCGGCUGCAGCAGCUCGCCCUGGGCCGCUUGCCGCCUCCGCCCCCUCUGCCCCGGGAGCUGGAGAGGGAGAGGGACUACGGGGGGUUCUACGAGGCGAGAGUGCGGCCGGCCUACGGGCUGGAGCGGGUGGCCGGGGUGGCUGCCGCCGGGGGGUUUCGCGGAGGCGGCGGCGGCGGCGCUGGAGCGGCCGGCGAGGAGGAGAUCAGCCCCGAGGACGAUCAGAGAGCCAACCGCACCUUGUUCCUGGGCAACCUGGACAUCACCGUCAGCGAGUCCGACCUGCGGCGAGCGUUUGACCGUUUCGGGGUCAUCACCGAGGUGGACAUCAAGCGGCCGGGGCGGGGCCAGACCAGCACCUACGGUUUCCUUAAGUUUGAGAACCUGGACAUGGCUCACAGGGCCAAGCUGGCCAUGUCGGGGAAGGUGCUCCUGAGGAACCCCAUCAAGAUCGGGUAUGGGAAAGCUACUCCCACUACCAGGCUUUGGGUGGGGGGCCUCGGGCCUUGGGUUCCGCUGGCUGCCCUGGCCAGGGAGUUCGAUCGCUUCGGCACCAUCCGCACCAUCGACUACCGCAAAGGGGAUUCCUGGGCCUACAUCCAGUACGAGAGCCUGGACGCGGCGCAGGCAGCCUGCACCCACAUGCGAGGCUUUCCCCUGGGGGGCCCCGACCGCCGCCUCCGCGUGGACUUUGCCGACACCGAGCACCGCUACCAGCAGCCCUACCUGCAGCCCCUGCCCCUGCCGCCCGCCGCUCAUUACGAGCUGGUGGCGGAGGCGGCUGCCUUCGGGGCUCACCGGGGAGCCCCACCCGAUCCUCUGCGGGGGGCCCGGGACAGGACGCCUCCGUUGCUCUAUAGAGACCGCGACAGAGAUCUUUAUGCCGAGGCAGAGUGGGUGCCUCCCCCACCCCCUGUGCGGGACAGGAGUAACCGGGCAGCUGCCUAUGACCCACUGGAAAGCCUUGAACGCCGCCGGGAUGGUUGGUCCUUGGAGAGGGACCGAGGGGAGAGGGAAUUGGGCAGUAGUAGUAGGGAGCAGCCUAGGAAACGUAGGCUGGCGGAGGACGGAGGCCGGCACUUGGAUCGCUCUCCGGACAGCGAGCGCUCCUCUUCCUCCCGCAAGCGCCACUGUUUAACCACCACCUCGCCCCCCGACCGCAGCCCCGAGCUCCUGGCCGGGAGGGAGCGUUACGGUAGCGACCUGGAGCGCUCAUCCUCUCGUUUGCUCCUCUUGGAGCGACCUUCUCCCGUCCGGGAAUCGCGGAGGGGCAGCCUGGAGCGGGGCCAGAACGAGAAACGCGACCGCAAGAACUCGGCGGAACGGGAGCGGAAGCACCGCGCCGGUGCCGGCGCCGCCGCCGUGGCCGCGCAGGAGUGCAAGAGCCCGGCCAAAAAGGACGAGCGUGCGGCGGAGGGAGGCGCAGGAGGAGGCUCCCGCCUCAAACCUCCCCCUCAGAAACAGCAGCAGGACGGCGCGGCCCAAGCCGGCGGAGCCCCCAAGCUCUGCCUGGCUUGGCAAGGGAUGCUCCUGCUGAAGAACAGCAACUUCCCGUCCAACAUGCACCUGCUGCAGGGGGACCUCGGCGUGGCCAGCAGCCUGCUGGUGGAGGGAGCGACUGGCGGCAAAGUGGCUCAGCUCAAGAUCACUCAGCGGCUUCGCCUGGACCAGCCCAAGCUGGACGAGGUCAACCGACGCAUCAAAGUGGCGGGACCCAACGGCUACGCCAUCCUCUUGGCCGUGCCCGGCGCCUCGGACAGCCGCUCCUCAGCCGCAGCUGCCGAGGCUGCUGCCACCACCACCUCCACGCAGCGGCCGCUCAGGAAUCUGGUGUCCUACCUAAAGCAAAAGCAGGCUGCUGGGGUGAUCAGCCUGCCCGUGGGGGGCAACAAAGACAAGGAGAACAGCGGGGUCCUGCACGCCUUCCCCCCCUGCGAUUUCUCCCAGCAGUUCCUUGACUCCACGGCCAAGGCCUUGGCCAAAUCAGAGGACGACUAUUUGGUCAUGAUCAUUGUCCGGGGGGCAUCCUAAUAAGACCCUUCCUGGUGUUCUCUGUACCCAACCCUGCCUCCUCUUCCUCCUCCUCCCCUUCCUCCUCCUCCUCCUCCUCCACACAGCCCCUCCAGCGUGUGCCAGGUGCUAUGGGAUACAGCCUUAGCCAGCCCUGUCGUGGUUUCGAGUUAGAGCUUUGUUUCUAGGUGACUUAUUUUUCCCCCUCUCCCCACCCCAGCCUGCUUUGUUGUGGUGUUGGUUGGUUUUUGGGGGGUUUACUUUUUACUUUUCCCUCUGUUCCUGCAUUUUUCUCUCCAGUUAGAAGCCAGAAUGGUUGGGUUUAGCCAGUAGUGUGAGUAGGAUGCUUUGAGGAUUCCUCCCCUCCUGUUGUUGGGGCAGAGCAGGGAAGGUGGCAGGGAAGUGAGGCCUGCUUUGAUUUACAUAAACCAAAAAGGAGAAAAAGAAAUGAGGGGGGGGGAGAGAAAAAAACCCACCCAACAAACCCCUAGGGGAGGGAGGGGGUGAGGAAGGUUACACUUCCUUAUUUUUGGUCUUGUUUUUUCCUUUCCCCCUUCGUUUUGGUGUCCUUUUGUCAUUUCAUGGGUUUUUAAAGGCUCAUCCUGGAUCAAGUGGCAAAGCUGAAAGAGCAGAUUGGAAGCACUCAAGCAGCUGAAAGUGUGGGGCCAAAGGGGAAGGGGGGGGGCAAAAAAUCUCACCCAUAAAGUCCCACCCUGGUGUCAACUCCCUUUUUUUUUGCGGGGGGGGAGCUUUAAUUAUUUGAUGUUUUGAAUCCUUCAUCUUUUCUAAGAGCCUCAGGCCAGAGACCUUUUGGCCUGCAUGAUCUCCUCCCUCCUUCCUUCACCCCCACAUCAGGAAGCCAAAGGGUUGGAGGUUGAUUGCUCCUUCAGGUGCCCAGCACCUGCUGUCUGCUCCAGGGUGGGGGCAGAACAUUUUGGGGAAGUCCUUUUCAAGUGGAAGCAUUUUUUUAUCCACUGCUCCCCUCCUCAAACUGCAUGCACUGAAAGGAAGCUUUUGGCUCUUGGGGUUUAUUUUUACCACAAAUGAUUCCUCCUCUUUUUUAAGAAGUAAAUCCUGUGAGUUGUAUCCCAUAAUAUGCACUUUUGGGUUUGUAGCAGUGGCAACAGUCGUUGGUUGCUAGCUGAGGGCAUUGUAACUGUCUGGUGGUGGGGCAGGAUUCAAGGAGGUGCUCUCACUUAGCUCCUGGGUUUUGGCUUUUUCCUGCCUUUUGAGGGGGGAGGUUUUUUGUUUCCCUUCCUUCUCCUCCUUCCCUUCUCCAGCCACGAGCUGCAGGUACAGGGAGGGGAGGCUGUUUGGUGCCACAGUGCAAACUCUUCAGCUUCUCUCUCCAGGGAUGGUUUCUAAUUCUGUGAUAAUUUAAUUACAUUCAAGUUCUCAUUAACUUUCAGUUCUUUUUCCCCCCCCUUUAACUUCUUUGUUAAUAGCAAGAAACUGCUGCCUGCUGCCAAGGGCCUCUUGGGCUACGCUGCCCUGGGCAUUACAUGAGGUUUAGCCUUUGAAAGUUGCCUUCUUUUAGCACCUUGGAAGAAGCAGUCAGGGUUCACCCCCCCCCAAGAUGCUGAUGUUUUCCAUUCUCAAAAGGAAACAUUUUGGCUUUUUCCAAAGAACUUAGUUCAGGUUUUUUUCCCCCUCCCUUUAUUGGACACUUUCCUCCAGCUCCAUCAGGUGUUGAGGAGGGAAGAAGGGAUCUGAAUCCCUGUUGUUUUGUUUGCCAGUCAAAAGGAUGCUGCAGCAAGCUGCUGAUCUGAGAGGUCCAUCUGCCUGUAGCUGUUUACAGACCUCCCCCCCAAAUUGUAACCUUGCACUUAACCCCCCCCACCCCACCCCCUGUUGUAGCCUUGCACUUAGCCGCGUUUGCAGGGAGCUGGGCGCUGGAGAGCGAUGCUGCUUCCCUCGGCCAAGCCUCCCCCGUGUUCCUCAGCCCCUUGAUAAAGGGACGAGUUGAACUCUGCUUCCAGUGACACCCGAAUGACAAAGGGACAAGUUGAUUGCUUUCUUCAGUGCUGCAAAGAAUCAAGUUGAAAAUGCAGGAGGAGAAAAGGUCCUGAAUGUGUUUGCUGGGUGCAGUGGCUCUGAUCUCCCUCGCUUCAGAGCUGCUGUCGCUGACCCAGUAGUACCCCUGUGCUGUGCUGAACCGAACCCACCUGGGUUCAGGUGAGGCUUUGAUUCCCUUGAGCUGACCUCCAUGAGUAGAUUUAGUGGCCCAAGCGUGCUGGGGAGCAGAGAACCUGAAUGUGGCAGCACAGCUUGAGCUGGGCUUAUUUAUUUCUUUGUAGUGGCUUUUUCUUUCCGAAGGGAAAGGUCCAAACCUCAUUUAAUGCUCUGAGACGUUUAGAGGGUCAAAUCCCAGCGUUUUGCUGGGUUGCUGCCCUCCAGUGUGAAUGUGAUGGCAGACUCCAGCUGUUCCUCUUCCUAUUAACAAGGAGGCUUCCUCCCAAAUGACACUGCUAAAGCCAACGUCGAUGUUUUAGGAGGGGCAGAGCCUUCACCAGCACCACCUCAGCAAAGAACCCUGGCAGGUGCCUGGCGGCGAGCGAGCAACAAACACCCAACUCCCCAGGGGUGCUGCUUGUGCUUGGAGCUGGAUUUUCUUGGUGCAUCUGACCCAAGUGACUUUUUUAAAGGCCAAAAGACUGAGAAUUCAAACCUGGCCAAGACCACCUAAAACCCCCACCCCAGCAGCUCUGAUGCUUGUGUCUAACCCUUCAGCUGGCGGAGGAAGGUGUUUGUUGGGCCGACGCGCGGCAGGCACCUGCUUCUAAAUCCCCUCCAACUUGGGCUCAGCAGAGCUCCUCGAAGCCGACUCAGUGUGGGAAGCCUUUGGGAAGAACACCCCGGGUGCAAUUCCAGGUUUUGCCUGUAACACAGUGGUGGUUGUAUCUGCCAUGGGCCUUCUAGGGAUGAAAAUGGUUCUGUGCUGGAGGCUAGGAAGGAGCGGGCGAGGCUGCCUUUGGCUCCAGGUUUCCUGGUGGUUUACUGGGGGGUGUCCCUGCUCCUUUCAGUCUGGUUUCUGUGUGGUUGCUGCUCUGUUUUGUAAGCAAAGGUUUUUACACACCCUCUGAGGGUUCUUAAAACGUAGUUGGCUGGCAAGAGUGGGGUUUGUAUUCAAUGACUCUGCCAGCGCUGAGGCUUCCCCUGCGGCUCAGUGGGUUCUGCUUCGCUCCGCGGUGGAAUCAGUGCCCGCUGAGUCGGCUCAGCCCAGGCUGAGCAGGAGGAGAAGGCUGUGUUUGACACCACCUCUGUGUAGAGCAAAGCAGAUGCAGCAGCCUGGAGCUCUCCUGUUUGUGUUUGGCAUUGUGAUGUCGCUCAGUACUUCUCCUGCCCAUGGGGGUGCAGCUGCUGUCCCUCUCCAUUUCAUUCGGUUGGUUGAAUUAAGCGUGGAAAAAGGAUGUCCUUUUCCUCAAUCAUUUCAUAGCCAAGGCUUAAAGCUUUGGGGAAAGAACCUCAAAUGACUCAGACCUUUUUGUUUAAAGCUUUUUAGUCGUUUUGUUUUGUGGUUUUUUGUUUUGUGUUUUGGUUUGGUUUGAAUUGGAAACUUUACGCAACUUCCUUGGCUGGCAGCCAGUGGCUUUGUUUGCUCCCUUCUGGUGUCAGGCACUGCUGGGGCUGUGGGUGAGCUGUCGUGACCCACUCUGGGAUCCCCGAGGCUGUGGCUCCCUGCUCUGGGCUCCCUGAGGCUCUGGCCCUGCUCUGGGCUCCCUGAGGCUGUGGCCACCCACUCUGGGCUCCCCGAGGCUGCGGUCCCCUCUCUCAGAGGCUGCCAGUUACAAGUUCUACCACAUCCUUAGCGUUGGUGAGAGGGCAGAAGGCUUUACCCUGGCCAAGCAGCCUGAGCUUUCUCUCUCUCUCUCUCAAUUGCUCAAGGAUGUUAGAGGGUUGAAGUGUUUGGUGACAACUUGCUCAGCCCCUGUGGAGGGAGGCAGAGUUUGACACCUCUUGCUUUGAGGACCCAUCUGGUCGGUGGUAACCGAGGUGAGAGGCCCAAAGGGAGGAGAAACAAACCCAAAAUGGGAAGAUAGGUUCAAAGAAAAAAACCCAAACCUCUGAGGACUCAGGGAAAAAUGUCUUGGAAAAGUCCUUGUUCCUGGCUUAAAGCAAAGCAGUGUUGAGGGCAGUGUUCCUGAGGAGGCUGCUGCUGAGGAGAGCCAAGAGUGGAGGGAAUUCUUGCCAUGGACUUGGAGAGCUUUUGGGGUUCUUUCCCCUUCUAUUCUCCCCUUUCUUUGUUCCUCUGCAGCUAUCCCUAAAGUGAAGGAUGAGCUCAUUUGGUUUGUGUCAGGCUUCAAAGCAGUCCCCAGGGAAUGGUUCCUGGAACAUUUCAACCUGCUGCAGUUUUGCUGGUGUGGAAAUGACGAUGCCUGGAUUUAGGAACAGUUGUCAAUGGUGGGAGAUGUGUCUUGGAUUUGAGCUUUUCCUCUUGGGAAUUUGCCUGCCUGUAGAAUCCUACAGCAGAAACGAGAGCAGAAGAGCAAAAAUCUCUAGACUACAAUUCAGCCUUUUGCCUCCAGGAAAUGCUCUUUGGAGGGGAAAAACCCAACUGAAUUCUUAGGGUUGGGAUUUCUUUUGGUGUUUUUUUUUGACCUGGUUGAAUUCUUUUGAUGUUCUCCCACUUGGUCAAUGGAAGUUGACUGCUCAGCAGUACUGUAAAGGACUUUUGAGUCUAAUCUUGGUGCCCUGCAGUGCUUGGGAUGCUUCUCUCCAUCUCAUUUUGAGGUGUUUUGGUGGUUUGUUUGGUUUGUUGGGUUGGGUUUUUUUCCCUGGUGCCUGACAGGUGGUUUUGGUGCUUUUGUUUUUGAAGCCUUCCCCCUUCAAGUAGAAUAUUGAGAGGGGCUUCAUUGCUCUUUUGUGUUGAUCUGGAUGCUGUAAGGAGGAGGGGAUGGGAAGGGGAAAAAACCUCCAAAACCCAACCCAAAAUAACCUAACCCAAACCAGGAGCAAAUUCUGUUGUGUAACAUUUCCCUCUUGCAAAGCCAAGCUGGUGGAGUGGCAGAAUACAAAUUAUGAUGGGAGGUAACCCACCCCAAGCUCUUUAAAUGAAACCCCAAACCCAACAAAGUAAAUAAAAAUCAAAACAGCAAAAGAAAAAAAAACAGCAAAAUAAAAAAAUCAAAGAGCAAAAUAGAAUCAAAAUGGAAAGAGGAAAACAAUAAAGAGGAAAUCAAAAUCAAAAGAGCAAAACAAUAAAAGAGGAAAUUGAAAUCAAGAGAGGAAAUUAAAAUCAAAAGAGCAAAACAAUCAAAAUAGCAAAACAAAUCCCAAAUCAAAUCAAAAGAGCAAAACCCAAAUCCCAAAUCAAAAGAGGAAACCCAAAUCCCAAAUGAAAAGAGCAAAACCCAAAUCAAAGAGCAAACCCAAACCCCAAAUCAAAUCAAAAGAGCAAACCCAAGCCCCAAAUCCAAACAAUGAAGCAAACCAAAGCCACCAAAUUAAAACAGCAAACCAAGACACCCCAGUGGCCCUUUGGGCCAAGAAGCUGUUGGCUUGAUGUGAAGUUUUCCAUCCUAAGGGCCUGGUGAAUGCAAGAAAAGUUUUUCUCUGGUUAAUAUUUGUGCAGUUCACUAAACCCCAAACAAAGGCAGCUUUAAAAGGGUUACAACCCCCAACCCUCCAACCCUUCAGUUGUGUAUCUGCUACUGGGAUGCCAAUUUGCCCCUGUGUUCAGUGGGGAAACAACCCAAGCCAUGACUGAAUGAUGACCUCUUUGCUUUGUGCUGUGCACACAACAUUGCUGGGGAGGAAAAAAAAAACCCAACAACCCAAAAGAGUCAAAGGAGUUACCUUUUUGAUGGCUCACACAGCUUAAAAGACAACAAAAAUAAUCCCCCCCC